AUGGUGUUAUCACCUAGCGGUGGUAGCAACGCGGCUAGACCGAUAUCAGGAUCCUCGUCUGGUGUAGACAGUGCUAUCGAGACGCUUGAAGUGAACGGUGAGACAGUCACCGAACUUGCUGCUGAUGGCGACAUCGUGCUUCGAAUCGAGCACGAAUUCCCCUCCACUGGAAAGCAUAGCGCAAGUUUUCGAGUCAGUACUUCAAUCAGUGAUCACUCGAAAUACUUCGAGCUCUUGCUUCAGCCUGGACGCUUUGGCGAAGGAGAGAGUAUAAGUGCACGACACAGCAAGCUGCGGGAGCACUACAAGUCUAUGGUGGAAGUUCCUACGAACGAGCUACCUGCGGUUCGUGUUCGGGACGUAGGCCGUAUCUCUUCUGUCAAGUCACUGGCACCUCUCUGUGCCGAUUUCUUAUCGAUUCUGCACGGCAAGGAACUACAGACCAUUCCUCCAGUUGCCAAUCUCGCCAAUCUCGCCAUCGUAGCUGAUAGGUUCGAUGCACUUGGGGCUGUUCGCGAAUACAUGCGGAGAAAGAAGAUCUUCAGGGCAAUAGACGGCAAGACUACAGUAAAGACGGAUGCAGGACUUUCAGAAGAGAGAGUGCGACAGCGGCUCCUCAUAGCAAUGAUGCUGGACUGCCCACAAUGGCUUGAGAAGUACUCUGCGAGGAUCGUCGCAAAAGGCUGGGUUGGGAGCGAAGUCGAUUUGACCGAACCUCUCUGGUGGGAUUUGCCAUCUCGGCUUGAGGAAGAGCUCGCUUAUCGUCGGGAUAGUGUUUUGGAGACCAUUCAAUCACUUCAGGCCUUCUUCCUGGGCCAGUAUACAUCGCGAGAGCGGCAGUGCAAACUUGGCUACGACUCGUCGCCACAGUGCGAUUCAUUCCAGCUGGGCGAAAUGGUACGAUUCUUCACGAAAGUGGGUAUGCUGAAGUUGCAGGGUGGUGUCUUCGGUGGUAGCGAUGAGCCGUCUGAGCCAUAUAUCGGCGAUGUCGUCUCACUGCUGGACACUCUACGGCAGACUCCCGAGUAUCAGAUCGAUCGCUUUCACAAUCACUGUGGCAUUCGAACUAAGAUCCUGCCUUUGCUGGACCUGCUUUCGGAGGCAAUCUUGCACAUUGGUAUCUGCUCCGAGUGCUGGGCAAACGACAGACAGCAAUAUGCUUGGAUGAAUGCGAAGAGGCCGCUUCUAUGGAAACGUGGAACGUUCAGUCUCCGUGCGCAGAGUCAUCGGAGCAAGCAUAUCGUGGUACGAGAGAUGUUCACUGCGACGGAGCGUGAAUGGAGCUGA